AUGGGCGACCCAUCCGAAAAGAAGAGAAGGAGAGCCGAGGAUGACACUCCAAAGUCCAAGAAGAAGAAGUCUGAGGGCGCCGGUGCCGCCAUGGAGUUUUCAAUAACCAAAGUCCACACGCCGCAGGUUUCGCCUCCUGUCGUAGCCGUAACACCAGGAUUCCUUCUCCGCGACAAGCACGCAUUCGAUGUCUACGAAAAGGUCCCCCAACAGGCCAACAAGCGCCGAAAGAGCAGCGGUAUUCCCCAAGCGCCCGAGAUGGCUCUCCACUCCUCCACACACGUAUCGAUAGACUACACGGCCCGCGAGACCGAGCAAAUGCUCAAUCACUAUCUCGCCAUUGUGGAUCCAAAGACCAAGGAAAUCGAAAUCAUUUCAGCCAAGAAGAUGAUGGUGCGACACAAGGUUCGAGCGCAACAAGAGGAGCGCAAGGAACCAGGGGAGGAGAGUGCCGCUCAGACCAACUACGAGAGGAGAACAGCGCUCGGCGAAGAGUUCGGUACUAGAAAAGCCAAGAAGGCGCUCAAGUCCGUCGCCGAUAAUGCCAUCAUGGCCUCGACCGACAACUUGGGACAAGCCGAGAACACCAUGUUGCAAAAUGUCAAGGAGGUGUUCGCCAAAUCGGCCACCAAGGAGGAGCUGCAAGCUGCUGUCGAUCAGGUCAGACCAGUGCCCAAGGGCAACUACAAUGCCGAGCACAUCCAGGAUGUGUAUAUCCCCAGAGAGAUCAUCGGAUCCGAGAUUCUCAACGCGGUGCCGGUCAUGGAUUGGCAGGAAGCUGUUCGCAACAACGAGGCUGUCAACGUUCCUUCGCGUUUUGUUGCCCACCGCAUUGCGCGUGUGGCAGCCAACAAGGAGGACAAGGAACGGUUGCAGGUUUUGCGAUAUCUGUUGUGGGUCAUCAUCCUCUGGGUCACUACCGGGAAGGGCAGGGAGCGUGGUACAAAGACCAUUGCGAAGAGGGACAAGCUGCGAGAGCUUCUGUCCCCAGCGCCCGAGGUGGUCAUUGAGAAUAUUCGUCGGAAAUUCUCGGAUAAUGGUGUGAUGCGCAAGGAGCACAUGGAGCUGCUCAUGACGCACUGCUGUGUUUUUGCCAGCAUCAUUGACAACUUUGAGGUCAACAUGAACGACCUGAGAGAGGAUCUCAAGCUGGAGCAGAAGCAGCUUGCCCAGUACUUCAUGGAGGUGGGUGCACGGGUCAAGCAGUCCAAGGCUGGCGGCGUCAUGAAGCAUAUUGCCAAGUUGCAGCUGCCACUGGUGUUCCCUAGGAUUCGGUCAGGGGCACGGAGAUGAUGAGAAGAAACGGUGCGGUGCGGUGAUGGGAGAUUGGUUGGGUGCAACGAAACAGUGUUGCUUUUAAUCAGGCGCUGGAUUGGGAAAAUCAUGUUGCUAGGCGUAUUUUGGACGGGUCAGGAGAGUGUGUGGAGGUGCAUUUUGACGGGCAGUUCUGCUUGAGCGGUGGUGAGCCUGACAAAUAACAAGCCAGGACUUACAUCACCAAAAACUCUGGGCUCAGUAGAGAGAAACAGGCGGAAAGGAGAAGGGGAUGCUACAUAAAGCGUUGGAGUUGUUAGUCUAAAGUCGAGUCACAAAUGUGGCAAACAAACAAGUGAAAUAAAGUUUAGAGCUAUCUUUCUGCCGUCUCUGCAAAGACAUGUAUCUGUGUUGCACGCUCCUCCGGUUGCAGGUAGCUCUGGUUGCUUGUGAUAUGCAAAGGGGUGAG